AUGUUUGCGAAGAGGAACCGGACGCGUUAGUAGUUAAAAGCUUCCCUUUAAGCGUUUGAACAUAAUCCGCGAUUGAAUUACGGGUGAGAUAAGAAUCAUUCUCUUUGUGGGACUCUUUCUGAGCAACUUUACACAGACUGACAGACCGUCAAAUCACUUCACGGGGCGACCGUAAGUUAAAGAUCGGGUCCUGAAGAUGCCACUGGCGCAGUGUGCAGACCCCUGGCAGAAGUUGCCGAUGGGGCAUUUGGAGAAUGAGGAUGACUCCAUGAUUGAGGAUGAUUCUCUUGUUCACGAUGAGGGCUCGGUGAAGGAAAUCAGCAUCACUCAUCAUGUCAAAGAGGGCUCAGAGAAAGCAGACCCACGGCAGUUUGAGCUCCGCAAAGUGCUGGGUCAGGGCUCGUUUGGCAAGGUGUUCCUUGUCAAGAAGAUCUCUGGGCCUGAUGCAGGACAACUCUACGCUAUGAAAGUGCUAAAGAAAGCUACGUUGAAAGUGCGAGAUCGAGUGCGUACAAAAAUGGAGAGGGACAUUCUUGUUGAGGUCAACCACCCAUUUAUUGUUAAACUGCACUAUGCAUUUCAGACAGAAGGUAAACUCUAUCUGAUACUGGACUUCCUCAGAGGAGGAGAUCUCUUCACUCGGCUGUCUAAAGAGGUGAUGUUUACAGAGGAGGAUGUUAAGUUUUACCUAGCAGAGCUGGCUCUGGCACUAGACCAUUUACAUGGACUGGGAAUCAUCUACAGAGAUCUCAAACCAGAAAAUAUUCUCUUGGAUGAUGAUGGACACAUCAAACUUACAGAUUUUGGUUUGAGUAAGGAGUCCAUUGACCAUGAGAACAAGGCAUAUUCGUUUUGUGGUACGGUGGAAUAUAUGGCUCCAGAAGUUGUCAACCGCAGAGGUCACACCCAGAGUGCCGACUGGUGGUCUUAUGGUGUGCUAAUGUUUGAAAUGCUAACUGGAGCACUUCCAUUCCAAGGGAAAGACCGAAAGGAGACCAUGACAAUGAUCUUAAAGGCGAAGCUAGGCAUGCCUCAGUUCCUCAGCCCUGAAGCCCAGUCUCUGCUCCGCAAUCUGUUCAAGAGGAAUCCUGGCAAUCGCUUGGGAGCUGGACCUGAUGGAGUAGAAGGAAUCAAAAGGCAUUCUUUCUUCACCAGAAUUGACUGGAAUAAAUUAUUCAGAAAAGAAGUGCCUCCACCCUUCAAGCCAGCUAUCAAGAAGCCAGACGACACUUUCUACUUCGACUCCGAAUUCACUGCCAAAACCCCACGAGACUCUCCUGGUGUCCCUCCAAGUGCCAAUGCCCAUCAGCUCUUCAGAGGAUUUAGUUUUGUUGCUACUGGAGUAGAAGAAGAGAGCCAGUCACCCAUUCAGAGCAACAUCAACAUGAGCAGCAUACUCCAGUCCCACCGGAGCACGCUUCAGUUCACAGAUGCAUAUGAAGUUAAAGAGGACAUCGGUGUGGGCUCCUAUUCCGUCUGCAAGCGAUGUGUGCAAAAGAGCACAGGAAUGGACUAUGCUGUUAAGAUCAUUAAAAAGGAGAGAAGAGAUCCAACAGAGGAGGUUGAGAUCCUGCUGCGGUACGGACAACAUCCCAACAUCAUCACCCUGAAGGACGUCUUUGAUGAUGGCCGAUCAGUGUACCUGGUCACAGAGUUGAUGAAAGGUGGAGAACUACUGGAUAAAAUCCUCCGACAAAAGUUUUUCUCUGAGAGAGAAGCAAGCGCUGUCCUCUACACCAUUACAAAGACUGUUGAAUAUCUGCAUGCCCAAGGGGUAGUACACAGAGACCUAAAGCCCAGCAAUAUACUGUAUGUGGAUGAAUCUGGAAACCCCGAAUCAAUCAGGAUCUGUGAUUUUGGUUUUGCUAAACAACUCAGGGCAGAAAAUGGACUGCUGAUGACACCAUGCUACACUGCUAACUUUGUUGCUCCAGAGGUCUUGAAAAAGCAAGGCUAUGAUGCAGCUUGUGAUAUCUGGAGUCUCGGAGUUCUUCUUUACACCAUGCUCACCGGGUUCACUCCAUUUGCAAAUGGUCCAGAAGACACACCGGAGGAGAUUCUGGCUCGCAUUGGCAGUGGCAAAUUCUCAUUGACUGGUGGAUACUGGAAUUCUGUAUCACAUGAUGCAAAGGACCUUGUAUCAAAGAUGCUGCAUGUUGACCCUCAUAAGAGAUUAACGGCAGCUCAAGUACUUCGCCAUCCAUGGAUAAUCAACAAGGACCAGUUACCCAAAUACCAACUCAAUCGACAGGAUGCUCCUCACCUAGUGAAGGGAGCAAUGGCAGCCACUUAUUCAGCCCUGAACAGAAAUGUUUCUCCUGUCUUGGAUCCGGUGGGCUGCUCCACACUGGCUCAGCGCCGUGGUCUCAAAAAGCUGACCUCCACUGCACUGUGACCAUUCAGACCUGAGCCACAAAUUACAAAUGGCACAUACGAUUGAGAGAUUCAUAGCGAGUCUACCAUCAUCACCAAACUGCAGUCCAAACCAAAAAAAAAA